GUUUUUCCGACAAUAAACCGACGGAGAACAUGAAGGAUGAGAGCUCGGAUAAUGGCGAGUGCGCAGGCCGUGAGGCACCAGUACCGCUCUCUGCACGCACACACGGACGUCAACUAGCAUGUUUCCGUCCGAAACGCCGCUUUAGGCUUGCGACGGCUUCUUUUAAGACCGAGGACGUCGAACUGGCUUGUCGCUGUGAACACCAAGUUUUACAAUGUCUUGUGGACGUGCAGCAACAUACAGCGAGCGAGCUUAACACUGCUGAGGAUCUACACAGAUGCCAUCUACGCAAGUGGAGCGAGCGCUUUGCUGUCCGUGACUGGGCUCAAGAGCGUUUGUGUCAAAAGUGGAAGGGAAACCAAAAGCGCUUCACUGAGCACCAAGAAAGUACGCAGAAAGAUGACACAAAGCCCGCCAAGACGGUUAAAAUGGCGUUGUCUUCCUUUGCCUCAGCGGCAGAGCAGAUGCUGCACUCGCGUCAGUUCGACGGCUUGUUGAGGGCGGGUGUGCCUCCGCAUCUCCGUGGACAGGUCUGGUGGAUGUGCAGUGGCGCUGCGGAGCUUCGACGUGGAGCCAAGGAGUCGUAUCCUGCGCUACUACAUCGACUUCAUACACUGAGCAAGUGUGCGGAGAUGGACAUCGAGAAGGACCUGCCGAGGACGUUUCCUUUGGCACUCCGAACCUCGAUGCGCCAAUCACAAGAACUGUCAGGAGAUGGCGACAGCUUCGGUGAACUGCGUCGUGUCCUGCAGGCGUAUUCACUACGAAACCCAGCGGUGGGAUACUGUCAAAGUAUGAAUUUCCUGGCUGCAGUAUUGCUACAGAACAUGGGAGAGGCGGAGGCUUUCUGGGUACUCGCAGCAAUUGUCGAGGAGCUCACCCCACAGUACCAUACUCGGACGAUGACUGGCAGUCGUGCAGACCAGCGAGUCUUCUCGGAUCUGGUGACGCAGAAGCUGCCAGUUGUGGCGAGUCACUUGCAAACUCUGGGCGUGGACUUUGAGCCUUUCACUCUGAAAUGGUUUCUCUGUCUUUUUUUGAACACUCUGCCAUUUGAGCCUGUCAUGCGGAUUUGGGACGUCUUCUUCUGUGAAGGUAGCCAUGUCCUACUGCGAGUGGGGCUAGUGCUACUUAAGCUCAACCAACCUCGCAUCAUGGCGUGUGACGACGCGCUGGACGUGUAUGAGAUGUUCAAAGUCUCCCACGAGACUCUGCAGGAACUGACGGCCCCGUACCGCUCGGGGCUACUGAACCGCGACGAGUGCGUCUGUGACACGUUGAUUCGCCUGGCGAUGGACAAGUCCUUCCUGGGGACGAUCCCCUUUGACUCGCUGCACGAGUUACGUCAAUACUACUGCGGCGAGAUUGAAGCGGAACUGGAGGAAGGCGGAAGCACGACUGAAGAGCGAGCGCUGAUGAAAGAGUACGACUUUGUGGAUGACUACGCUUGCAGCUCGGGGUCCGAGGCCUCUCCUGCGCGUCACAUCCGCUUCAUGGAUCUGUACGACAGCGACGACGCGAGUGCUGACUACUUUGUCGACGUCAUGUACGAUUUCUCUCUGCAACACCACUGCUGCUAG